AUCGCAUUCGCAAUAGCAGCAACAACAACAACAAAAAAAACUUCUUCAUAUCCAACAUGUCUGCCAAAUACUUCAUCAACGACCAUGAUGAGCACAUCCUCCAAGCAAAUUUCGGCACCCGUGCUAUUCACGCUGGACAGCAUCCUGACCCUGUUACUGGUGCUGUUAUUCCUCCUUUAUCACUCUCAACCACUUUCAAACAGCAUGGAGCAGGCGAGCACAAUGGCUUCGACUACUCACGCAGCGGAAACCCUUCUCGUCAAGCCUUUGAGUUUGCAGUCGCAGCCUUGGAAGGUGCCAAGUACGGCUUGGCCUUUUCAUCUGGAUCUGCCACAACAGCCACCAUUGUCUCAUCCUUGCCUUCAGGUUCGCACAUCGUCUCUGUAAACGAUGUCUACGGAGGCACAUACCGCUAUUUCACCAAGGUUGCUUCUGCCCUUGGUGUUGAAGUCACAUUUGUUGACCUCAAGGAUGCUUCCAGCAUUGCUGCUGCCUUUCGCCCAAACACAAAGCUCGUCUGGGUUGAGACCCCAACGAACCCCACACUUCGUCUUGUUGAUAUCAAGGCUGUAGCAGAGAUUGCUCAUAAGCACAACACCAAGCUUGUUGUCGACAACACCUUCAUGAGUCCUUUCUUCCAGAGCCCGCUUGAGCUUGGCGCUGAUAUUGUCGUUCACUCUGUCACUAAAUACAUCAACGGUCACUCAGAUGUUGUCAUGGGUGUUGCCGUUACUUCAGAUGAGCAAAUCUACACCAAGCUUGCCUUCUUGCAGAACUCCAUUGGAGCUGUUCCCUCAGCAUUCGAUUGUUUCCUCGCCAACCGUGGCUUAAAGACCCUGCACUUGCGCAUGCGCCAGCAUGCUACUUCGGCACAGGCCAUUGCUGAGGCACUCGAGGCUUCCCCACGUGUCGAGAAUGUGAUCUAUCCUGGUCUCCCUUCGCAUCCUCAGCAUGAUCUGGCCAAGCGUCAACAGAGGGGCUUCGGAGGCAUGAUUUCAUUCAGAAUUAAAGGUGAUCUUGCUACUGCCAAUGCGUUCUUGCGUAACGUCAAGUUCUUUACUCUUGCAGAGAGUUUGGGAGGCGUCGAGUCAUUGUGCGAAUUGCCCGCGACCAUGACUCAUGGAUCAGUCUCAGCUGAGGACAGAGCUGCCUUGGGCAUCACUGAGAACUUGAUUCGUCUGUCAGUUGGUAUUGAGGACACUGAAGACUUGGUCGCCGAUGUGCUCGCUGCUCUUGAAGCUGCCGUCAAACUGUAAAUUACUUUCACAUUGAUUUCAUCAUUCACAUUAUCAUCAUCCAAUUGUAAACAUUCAAGUAGAGGCUAGACUACAUCGCAUUUUUUUUUUUAUCAAUAAUAUGCAUUUCUAUAGCUCACAACCAAACUUCGUCUCACAAACAAAUUUAUGAAGUUCG